AUGGAUACAAAUGAACAAGAACAAUGGCACGGUGCCUCAACAGAAGUUACAAAAAGUGAUAAUGGAUCCAUGAUCGCCGAUCCUGCUACCUCCUCCCCACCACUCUUCGAUGCAUCACUCUCAGAUUCAAGUCUUAGAAGAUUAGUCAGUGAAGACGAAAACGGUUCACUCAGUCGUUCCAGUGACUCUGAACGCAGGGAAACCAAUUCAAUGAUGCUCCCACCAACGUCGGAAGAACACCAAUCCAUAUCUCACGGACUCAUCGAAGAACUAGAACGUCAACUAAAUGAUGGUUUAAAAGAAUGUGAACUCGAUAAUGUCGAAGAACUUUUGCAAGUGAUAGCCAAGACAACAGAUGAGAUCACAGAGUUGAAGAGGAAAGGAAAACAGAAGACUACUGCCGAAAAAGAAGCUACUUUAGUUCCACUCCAGAAACUUCAAUUGUUAGUGGAACAAAUAAAAAUUCUUAAAGCCUCUAAUAUUCAACGCCCAGCUAUCGAACAACUAGAACGUCAACUAAAUGAUGGUUUAAAAGAAUGUGAACUCGAUAAUGUCGAAGAACUUUUGCAAGUGAUAGCCAAGACAACAGAUGAGAUCGCAGAGCUGAAGAGGAAAGGAAAACAGAAGACUGCUGCUGAAAAGGAAGCUACUUUAGUUCAACUCCAGAAACUUGAAUCGUUAGUGAAAAGGUUGAAAGUAUUGAAAGAAGCUGCUAUUGAAACACAGGGUAUGAUGAUACAAAAUAUGAACCAAUAA